AUUGGACGCUCCAGUCACGCUGCAAACUGCGACUCACUCAGCUCCAUCACAUGCACGUCUUGACUCAGUCUUUCUGUUUUGAAAAGGGAGCACUACUGUUUGUUUGCAUCCUGCAGAAGAACCAGCAUCCUGCAGAAGAAGAACCAGCAUCCUGCAGAAGAACCAGCAUCCCGCAGAAGAAGCAGCAUCGGUGCGCUCAAAGCUCCUCGGACACCUUUGUUUUUUCUUCUUCCCUCCAGAGUUGAAUCUGUUUUCAUUCAAUGGGUCUGUGUGUGGUGCUGCUCUGCUCUCUGUUCGGAGUUCUCCUCGGCCAAGGAGCAGAGCAGAUCUCCAUAGAGGACUGCUGUAAAGAUGGCAAGAACCGAGGCAACGAUAACGAAGACUGCUCGUCCCUCCGUCUCAUCUCCGCGUCGACCACAUGCAUGAUAGUGCAGGAGCAGUGCUGUGUAACAGUGCUUGAGGACAACAUGUGCACCACCGGUAUCAACAUGGCCAAAGACCAAGGAUUGUGCGAUUCGUUAUUCACCAACACCUGUGAGACCAAGACUACAAAGAUGUGCUGCCACUGUUGUCUUCUGGGGAAGUCCAAUCAGGAGCAGGGCCUACACUGUGACCACAACCUGUCGGUGGGCUACCAGUGUGGCCUGGUGUCCCGCGCCUGCUGCGUGGAUGGAGCCCCAGACAACCAGACCACACCCACAGCAAAAACUGAACUACCAAACAAGGAUAACCCCAACGGAGACAAUGGAGAUAAUUCAGUAUUAAGUGAUCAGUGCAAAGGGAAAUGUGCUCAUAAUUGUGUGGGCAAUGACACUUGUGCCUGCUUCAAAGGCUACAAACUCAAGCCAGAUGGAAAGAGUUGUGAUGAUAUCAACGAGUGUUUGCUGGGAGCCAGCAACUGUCGGGCGGGAGAGCGCUGUAUCAACACAGAGGGCUCGUUCCGCUGCCAGAGAGAGGUCAGCUGUGGGACCGGCUACGAACUCACCGACAACAACAACUGCAAAGAUAUUGAUGAGUGUGAGACCGGCAUCCAUAACUGUGGACCAGAGUUUGAGUGCCAAAACACCCAGGGGUCGUUCCGUUGUCUCCCUAAGGUCAAGUGCGGUACCGGCUAUAUCCAGGAUGCCCUCGGCGCCUGCAUCGAUAUCAAUGAAUGCGUCAGCCAGACAGGCCCAUGCCACCGCGGGCAGAUCUGUAUCAACACAGAUGGCUCCUACAUCUGCCAGAGGAACUCCGUCAACUGUGGUCGAGGAUACCACCUCAAUGAAGAGGGAACACGCUGUGUUGAUACUGAUGAGUGUAAGGGCGCUGAAAUUGUCUGCUCAGGUCAUGGUUGUAUCAACCUGGUAGGCUCCUACCGCUGCGAGUGUGAGGCCGGCUACAUCUUCAACAGCAUCAGCCGGACCUGUGAGGAUAUUAAUGAAUGCAGGCACUACCCUGGCCGUCUGUGUGCUCAUAAGUGUGAGAACAUUCUGGGAUCCUACAUGUGUAGCUGCACCACUGGCUUCAAGCUAUCUGGUGAUGGCAGGAAUUGUGACGAUUUGAAUGAGUGUGAGAGCAACCCGUGCAGUCAAGAGUGUGCCAACGUGUACGGCUCCUAUCAGUGUUACUGUCGCCGUGGCUACCAGCUCAGUGACAUAGACGGCAUGACUUGUGAAGAUAUAGAUGAGUGUGCCCUGCCAACUGGAGGUCACAUUUGCACCUAUCGCUGUCACAACACCCCAGGCAGCUUCCACUGUUCCUGUCCUGUCACUGGCUACACAUUAGCACCCAAUGGGCGCAGCUGCCAGGAUGUCGAUGAAUGCGUGACGGGAACACACACAUGCACAGUGAAUCAGAGCUGCUUCAAUGUACAGGGAGGAUUCAGAUGCCUGUCCUUUGAGUGUCCAAACAACUACAGGCGUGUUGGAGAGACUCGAUGCGAACGCUUGCUUUGCAAUGAGUCUAUCGAGUGCUUCGACAUGCCCCUGAGAAUAACCUACUACUACCUCACCUUCCCCACCAACAUCCCCGUCUUCACCAACAUCUUCCGCAUGGGCCCCUCGCACACCGUGGUCGGCGAUGACAUCCAGACCGUUAUCACCGCCGGCAACGACGGUGGUUUCUUCAAGACGGAGCGGGUGCCCACCGGCGGCGUGAUGUCGGUGGCAAAGCUCAUCAGCGAGCCGCAGGACUUUGAGCUGUCUCUGGAGCUGAGGCUGCAUCGCUACGGCUCGCUCAGCACAUACAUGGCUAAAGUGCUGGUGUUUGUUACCCAGGAUGAGCCCAGAGUACCUUACAAUCCCCUACUAGAAUAAACACAGGAGUUACGUAGGGUUACACAAGUUACUACACUCUUAAAAAGGAUGUGUCAUCUUUAAUGCGUUGUCUCGUAGAGAAAACAGAAAAAGUUCAUCCUCAAUACAAAAUGCAUGCGAUGUCACCAUACGGUAUGUUGAUAGACAUGCAUGGUGAUGCAGUGACUACUGUAUGUAACAUACUGCAUAGAUGUAUCCAGGUCAAUAGUAAUACACAUUAUGAUUUCCAAUUAAUCAUCAUUAUAAGACCAAUAUUCAUCUUUACACUACUAAAGAUUGUUUAUUUUUCUUGUGGAUUUAUGCGAUUAGGUUGCCAAAAAAUAUGGGUAAACUGUAUUGGUUUAAGGCCUGAUGAACCGGCUUGGGGCCCCUAAUGACCCCUGUAGCCCUUCCUGCACUCUCUGUGCAUUACCUUCUUAAAAUAUAGCCUGAGUAGUGCACAUUCUUAAAGGAAUAGUUUGAUUUUUUAGGGACUAGAUGCAAAGAUUGAUACCAUAUUUAAAUGCUAAGUAUGAAGCUACGGCCAGCAGCUGGCUAACUUAGCUUAGCAUAAAGAUGCUAGCUUUGCUUUAAUCAGUGGGCUACCUCCGGGUCUGAGAAGUGAAGCCAAUGUGGAAGUGCCUUGAGUUUGAAUCCUUUCUAAUAGCCAGCAGGGGGC